AGAAUACAACGAUCUCCUAAACAAUAUGGCCGACCAAACAGAAUUCUUAAUAUCGAGGAGUCAUCCAUGGGCCUACGAUGCUGCCUACGCCGUGGCUCUCUCUUUGAAUGCCACUGAGGAUAAACUACAAAAUGUAAACAAAUCUCUGGCCAUGUUUAAUUACAACGAUAGCCUAACCUUAGAAUAUAUGAGGUCGUCAAUCGAAGAUGUCAGCUUUAAUGGAGUUUCGGGUCCUGUGUCGUUCACUAAUGAUGGUGGUAGAGUUGGUAUAGCCUAUAUAGAAUAUAAUCACAGACGGCCGGCUCCGCGAGACAGAUUUAUUUACGUAGAGAUUUAUGAACCGUAUGAUGUAACAGCUGUAUACUGUGUAUUAUUCAGUAAUACUAUAGGCGUUAUUAUAGCAUUUGUUUUCCUCGCAUUUAAUACUAUCUAUAGAAAUAAUAGACAUAUUAAGAUGUCGAGUCCGUAUAUCAACAAUGUUAUUAUACUUGGGGGUCUGGUCAUGUUUGUCGCUGUUUAUGUUAAUACCAUGGAUUAUGCUAGAUUUGGUAGUAAACAUUUUGAUGAAAAUAUAUGUAUGGUUAAACUAUGGUUGUCUCUAUUGGGAUUUACUUUGGCGUUUGGAGCCUUGUUUUCGAAAACAUGGAGGGUUCAUAUUUUAUUCAGAGAAACAUCGUUGAAGAAAAAGUGUAUUAAAGAUUAUCAACUAAUAGGUAUGUUACUGGCUCUAACACUAGUUGAUUUAUGUAUAUUGGGACCAUGGACGAUCUUCCACCCUUUACACAAAGAAGAAAUAAAGAUCAAAUCAGAGGCGGAUUCAGAUUCGGAUAAUGUCGUAACGUUUAUCUACACGGCGUGCAAACACCGUUACGACAUUUACUGGUAUGCUUCCGAGUACAUCUACAAGGGCUUGCUCCUGGUGUUCGGUGUGUUCCUGGCAUGGGAGACCAGGAUGGUCAGUAUCCCGGCACUCAACGAUUCCAAACUUAUUGGGUUCUGUGUGUAUAACAUCGUGGUAGUGUGUGCAUUCGGUGUACCAGUAGCUCAUGUUUUGUCCAUUCAACAGACGACCUUGAUGUUCGUUCUAACAUCUGUAUUCACGAUCUUCUGUACGACGCUUGUACUCUGUAUACUCUUUAUACCAAAGUUAAAACUUCGAAAUGAAAUCGGAGAUAUCCGAUUUGUAAAGUCUUUACAGACUGGGAACUGUAGUGGAAGUUUCGACCCAUCACAAGAUUCUAAUCUCAAACGCCCACCUUUAACAGCCAGGGAACCAGUAACAGUGAACCGACCUGUAGGAUUAAUUGAAUCGAAAACCUUUGCUGAAGUCUGUAAAGAAUUGGCUGUACUGAAACAAGAACUCUUAGAGGAAGAGAAUGCAGUCAAUCAACUAAAGGUCGAAUUAAGUCGUAAAACAAACAAUCAGAUCAAUUUCCAUAAAGUGGACGGUCGUUAUACCGUCUUUAAACAAUCUGAGCAGAACGAAGCAGAUAUGUGAUGAUUGAAAAUAUUGAUAGCUUUAAUUCUGUAAGGCUUUUAGUGUUGUAAAAUAUCGUUACCGUUCUUGUUGUUAUAUAGUAUAAUGCAGGGCUAAUGAAGACGUGCAUGCAUAGCCGUACGACCCAUGAGGCAGGGGCGUGGUGACCGAUAAUUUUGCAUGAGGAACAAGACCCCAUCCGGGCCCCCAAUAAGCAAAAACCCAAGGGGGCGCAAAAACUCAAAACCAUGACGCAAAGCGCGUCAAUGUGCCCUUCUCACUUAUGUCCUGCCAGGGGGCAGGGAGGGGUGGGGCUGCACCCCUAACUUUCGGGCAAUCUGACUUUUUGGGCGGACGGGUAAAGUUCAAACAAAAAUUAUUAUUUCGUCUAGUUGACAAAAUAAAUUGCUCGAAAUCUACCCUGCUACGAUUGGUUGGAUAUUUUGGGUUUCGGGUCAGCCACCUAAGGUACGUUAUAUGGGAUUACAUUGAUGUUGCUAUACUCACAAACCAGAGAGAUAGAGAGAGAGGGGGGCGGGGUAACGUUCACUCGACACAAACUAGGUUUGUUCAUAUGGUUCAGUUUUAUUUCAAUGGGUCGCUUGCGCGUAGGGCUCAUUAGCAGUGGGAGGAAACCGGAGGACCCGGAGAAAACCCACGAGGUUGGAUACCAGACCCUACUCCUUGUCACGUACAACCGGGGAAUCGAAACCACGCCAGUUGACUUAAUGACAGACAUUAUGAUGCAGUGCGCAUGCGCUGACCAUUCGGCCAUCCACCGCUCAUUUGGUAAACAAGUGUUUCUUGAUUGCAAACAAGGUAAAACGCCUGAUCUCCUGGUGGACAGUUUCUACUGUCCAUUUAAGGGUGG